CAGUGACGUGCAGCUGUUCUGUUAGUUUUGUGUUGCAGCUCUCUGGUUACAUGCGAAUCUUGUAAAACAAAAAUUGUUAAUGUGUGCAGUUGACGCCAGUAUGGAGCCUGUUGUAAAAGUAAACGCUGGUGCCACAAAAUGGCACAUACGUCAAAAGGUUUGGGACUAUAUCGAAGAAAACAAUCUCGCCAACUUCCCAAGACCUGUUCACAACAGAAUCCCAAAUUUUAAGGGUGCUUUUACAGCCUGUGACAGAGUGCCUGAGCUCCAGGUUUUCACCCAGACAACAGAAGUGAAGGUGGAUCCUGAUAAACCUCUGGAAGGAGCCCGGCUGUUGGUGCUGCAGGCACGGAAAACGUUAUUGGUUCCAACUCCUCGUCUUCGCACUGGUCUUUUCAAUAAGAUUACUCCUCCUCAGGGAGCCAGUAAAGAACAGCUACGCAUAUGUUCUACCUCUCAGGGAGUGAAGGAGUUCAGUGUACCUGUUGGACUGGAUGCCAAAGUCAAGGUAGACCUGGUGGUUGUUGGUUCUGUGGCAGUGUCAGAAAAAGGUUUUCGGAUAGGAAAAGGAGAGGGCUAUGCCGACAUAGAAUAUGGUAUGAUGGCGUCUAUGGGAGCUGUGAACGAGUCUACUGUGGUAGUGACUGUUGUUCAUGACUGUCAGGUGGUGGACAUCCCACAGGAAUUAAUAGAAAGUCAUGAUCUGACUGUGGACUACAUCCUCACACCCACUAGAGUAAUUAAAACAAACUGCCAACUCCUCAAACCACAGGGCAUCAUCUGGACAAAGCUGGACUCCACCAAGUUGAAGAAGAUCCCCAUCUUGAAGAAGCUGCGUGCGGCAGAGGAACAGGCUGGAAAGAAUGUUACAUUAGGAGACUUACCUGCUAUGGUGGAGCUCAGUUUGCAAACCGGUCAAACUCAGACACACGCCAGGCGGUCACAGAACACACAGUGGGGUGCUGAGAGGGAAUCCAGGGUGGUGGAGUCGGAACAGAAAGCCAAGAAACACCCAGCUAGUCUGAAGAGAGGACAGGGGGCAACCGGGAAGAACGGUGUGAGCACCCCAGAGGACAGAGGCAGUGAGGUCACGACCUCUGUUUACCUCGGUGGAAUCCCUGUCGGGCUGCGUGUCAGUGACCUGAAAGCCGCCCUUCGAGAGAGGGAGGCGGCACCGAUGAGGCUCACCUGGCAGGGCGCUCAGCACAGAGCCUUCCUGGAGUACUGCGACCGUCUGGCUGCAGAGCGCGCUCUGGAGGCCCUGCAGGGUCUCUGUGUGAAAGGCCACAAUCUGCAGGCGGAGCUGGCCAGGAGCCGGUGGGGUGCCAAGAGGUCCCAGCUCGCUGAUGUUGGACGGUCAGCACCUCCAAAAUCUACAACGGCACGUUCAGGUACUCAAGGUGAGGCAGACUGAGCAGCAGUGUCAAAUACUGCAGCGUGAGCAUCGUGGCUUUCUGUGCAAGCUUCUUAUUCAACAUGAACUAUGAAUAAAAUAUGCAACACGUAAAUUUCACAGCAUGAA